AUGUCUAAGAGAGCGGCGGAUGCUGCCGACGAGCACUCCUCGGCCCUCAAGGCGGGCGGGCGCCCAAUUGCAGACGCUCCCCCCGAUGAGGUGGGGGAGUUCGAGGACGAGUUCGAGGAUGAAUUCGAGAGUGAGGACGAGAUCUUGGAGGCCGGUGUCGACGGUCGGCCAGAUGCCGAGCGCGAGGAGGAAGAGAAGGAGGCCAUGGACGUCGAUAAGCAGACCUUUAUUCCCGGCCGGACAAAACUGGGCCCUGGCGAGACACUCUCCCCCGAUCCCUCGACCUACGAUAUGCUACACACUCUGAGCACGCCCUGGCCAUGUCUGUCCUUCGACAUUGUCCGCGAUAGCCUCGGCGAUAACCGCAAGACAUACCCCGCGACGGUGUACGCGGUCACCGGCACACAAGCAGAGGGCGGCCGGGCAAAGGACAACGAGCUGAUGGUGCUGAAGAUGAGCGGGCUGAGCAGGAUGGAGAAGGAGGGCGAAGACUCCGACAGCGAGUCGGACUCGGACGACGACAUGGGCGAGCCGAUUCUCGAGCACAAGUCCAUCCCGCUGGGGUCGACGACCAAUCGCAUUCGCUCGCACCAGACACCCUCGCAGUCCGGAGACUACUCCAAACCGCCCCAGACCCUGACCGCUACCAUGCUCGAGAACUCGCAGGUCUUGAUCCACGAUGUUACUUCUCACCUCGCCAGCUUUGAUGUCCCCGGUACCGUCCUCCCUCCGUCCGCCUCGAAACCUCUUUCUACGCUCCGGAUGCACAAAUCCGAAGGAUACGCCCUGGACUGGUCUCCGCUGCAGCCCCUGGGCAAGCUAUUGACCGGCGACAAUGACGGAUUGAUCUAUGUCACCACUCGCACCGAGGGCGGCGGCUGGGUGACCGACACCCGGCCAUUCACGGCCCACACCUCCUCCGUCGAGGAACUGCAGUGGUCUCCGAACGAGCGGAACGUUUUUGCAUCUGCAAGCAGCGACGGCAGCGUGAAGGUGUGGGAUGUGCGGUCCAAGUCGCGCAAACCUGCCGUCGACGUGCAGGUAUCCAAGACGGAUGUCAACGUGAUGAGCUGGUCCAACCAGACCUUCCACCUACUGGCGACGGGCGCGGAUGACGGUCAAUGGGCCGUCUGGGAUUUGAGACACUGGAAGCCCAACUCCGCGGGCCAGAUUACCUCGCAGGCGGUUGCCUCGUUUGACUUCCACAAGGAGCCCGUCACCAGCAUUGAAUGGCACCCGUCGGACGACAGUGUCGUCGCCGUGGGCUCUGCGGAUAACACGGUCACGCUGUGGGAUUUGGCCGUGGAGCUGGAUGAUGAGGAGAGCCGACAAGUGGCCAUGGCCGAUAUUCCGUCACAGCUGCUGUUCGUGCAUUAUAUGGAGUCCGUCAAGGAGGUGCACUGGCAGGCCCAGAUGCCGGGUACGCUGAUGGCGACCGGCGGCAAUGGAUUCAGUGUCUUCAAGACAAUCAGUGUUUAA